UAAGAAUCCCCAUUGAUGUUCUUCUACCGUAACUGUGCGGCCACACCAAAUGAGAGCUUUUGUCUGCCUGCUGUUAUUUGGGGAUAAAAUCGACCUUGUUUGGUCUUAGAAACGAGAGCUCAAAGCGGAACAGACGCACGGAAGAUAUAUACACACCUGCACAGCGGUUUAAGCAUAGGAAGUUUAACUUUCUACAUGACUGACUUUGCAAUGUAGCUUGAUGUCCAUCCUAGUGGCAGCACAGCAUUUGUUCACGAAAACACGGACGGAUGUUUCACAUCGCCUCCCUUCAUUAAUACUGCCCUACUUACGGAUUUAUCAUUGACUGACAUCCAACACGACUAUCCUAUUUUGAUGAGACGAUACGUUGUCGUCUGCUCCUUCAACUAUCGUCUGCUUGUGCUGAAAGCUAAUCAGUGAAAUCUUGAUAGUUUCACUGGCACGUGAAAAUUUCAGUGAAGCCGGCGGAGGGUUCAUCCUUCACCUUGAUUAUAUAAACACGUUUGUGAGAUAUAACACCAGAUAGUCAUACACAGAUCUGAUGUUUGGGGUCUGUUGACUCGUCUGCCGUUUGUCGUCGUCGUUUGACUGAAGUUGUCACCAUGAGUAGCCGUUCGAAAACGUCCUCGAAGAGGAAUGGCGUCAAUGGGAAUGGACAUUCGGAAGACCCUAAAGCCCAAUGGAGUACGCAGACUUACUCCCUGGAGGAUCUGUCAGAACAGUUCACACUGCCCCAGGUUGUGAGAUGUACAUCCACUCUACUGACCACCAAGGACAAACCUCUGCCUGUGAAUCUGACACAGCCUAUGUUGCUGUUCGAAACCCGAACAAUACGAAAACUCCUGGCCAGAAAUGUCAUGUAUGAUCCUAGAAUCAGAAAGUACAACGAAACAGACGAAACUAUUGUGAUACCUUCAGACUAUGAAGGUCGCUUCGUCCGGUUAAAGUCUCGCACAGCCAAGGACCACACAGUCCAUCGUUCCAUCGAGUCACUCGCCGCUUGCCGAGUUCCCGCUUUUCUCAACCUCACAAACAUCACAGCGUUCCACUUGUCAAAACACAACAAAACGUCCAACGACUACCCGCGUGUGGAGUACACACCCGGAAACAUCUUCAUCAUCGACAAAGUCAUCAUGGGAACCACCAAAGUCAAACCAGAUUCCAAGAUCAUGCGUGCCAAAUCUGCAAACGGUUUGCAUGUGCAAGAGAUGCAUUAUCUCAAGUGUCGGGAUGAGCGGGAGAGUGAUGUCAUCAUUCCUAUCAAUCAUCCGGGUGAGUUUACAGAGAUUCUGCCGAAUCCUUUCAUGAAUGGGAAGCUUUCUUUGAGAUCGGCAGACAUCAUCACCAGUCAGAAGUUCCCAAUGGUAGUCAGAUAUGUGUACGGUGGAAACAAACCAAGACUGACGCAGUUUUCAGGGUUGUUCACUCUGUUAGAUUCGUUCGAGGAAAGAAGCGUCGUGGCAUGCGUACUAAACACUUCCGGUUUCACACUGAUCGAACUUCCGCUGUCGUCGACCCUCUCGUUCCGGCUUGCUCUCAACAGCCAUGACCUGUUCCCUAUCCCUCUCAUGAAGAGUGCAAUGCGGCUGUGUGAGAAGAAGGCUCCAGUGUUCAAAAGAGACAUCAAGUUUAAAUUUAAAUUCGCGCAAAAGAUCCAGGAGGCCACUGAACAACUGUUGGACAGGUCUAUCUCAGGCGAGAGUGUGGACUUGGUGCCGCCAAGUGCCAGAGACGCUGCAAAGCUCGGAAUCACACAGACAUACUUCUAUUUGUAGCAUGAUUAAAGAUGAAGCAUCGGAGCUGACGUAUUCGGUGACAACUUUACUACACAGUUGGUUAAUAUGGCCGGCCAUGUCAUAUUCUGAAGCAAGAGAAAGGUCUAUGAAAACAUAUUCUGGGUCUCGUUCCCCAAGGCGAUCAUAGCGCUAAGAUGAUCAUAACUCCCAUACUAUAACAUAUUUUUACGAUAGUCGUAGUGCAAAGAUCGCUUUGUGGAAAGGGGUCCUGCAUGACUCGUAAAAAUCUGCCGAGAAACAAAUUACGUGCAAAAUAUGGACGGAACUUCAUGUCAAUCAUGGUCAGUAUAUAAAAAUAUAUGGUUGAAAAAACGACAAAGGAAAAAAUUGCCCUGAUCGAAAAACACAAAAGACUUCCUCUCCACUGAAACUUUAAAGAAUAUUAUCGGUCUUUUAACAAGUUAUCAUCCAUCUCAUGUACAAUACUCCAAAAGUCACAGGUCGAUGUUUAGCAAGCCUGAAAUGCAAGGUGCCCUUCUUAAAGAGAAGCAUUUCUAGAACUGAAUAAGGACAAGUGUUAUGUUGAUGGUUCUGUGAGGAAAUGACUCGGUUGACUUGAUUGCAGUCGCCAACCGUCACUUCACAAAUGUUCGCCUUGUUAUUCAGCAAUCAAUUAGCGUGUUACAUGUGAGGGCAUUAACUCCCAAAUACUCGUGAAUGAAGCUCGUGGGCCAACUGUGAGCGACUCAAGUGGGUAGUGACUGAAGACAAGCUUGGUCAAACCACGCCACAGUGCAGUGUUAUCACUAACUUAUCAGUGGCCCUCGCCUUGUCAGUGUUGUGUUUAUGGAUUGCCAGGAAUGGUCGCACAGAAUACUCAGCGCCUGGAUAUUAACGUGCUUUCUCUGGUCAUGAGUGAGAAAGGGAGACAUCACGUUGCCGUGAGUCAAGUAAAACUGGUUAACCCAAAGAUGUGUGUGUCCAAAUUACCGAUGUACAUAUGGGCGAUGAGCGUAUAGCUCAUGUCCAGUCUUUCUAACAUAAACGGAGAAGGAUUUAGGUAGCUUGGAGCUUGGACGUUUUAUAAUCAAAAUUAUAACACUUGUGGACACGAGACAUAUUGGCCGGUGUUAUUGUUGUGCGUACUUUAGUAUACAUAUAGAUCUGCGGGGGUUCUUGUACAGCGUACUUACUGUACAUGCUGGUCUGAGAGUGUUACUGUUUUGUGUACCUAUAGAUCUGUGGGUUUUCUUGUACAUUGUACCUGACUAGGUGUUCAGCGAACCCAUCCUUGCCGUAAAAAGCGACUGUUUGUCGUAAGAGGCAAAUAAGGGGAUCGGGUGGUCAGGUAGCUGACGUGGUUGAUGCAUAUCAUAGUAUCCCAAUUGCGGGGAUCGAUGCACAUCAUAUCAAUCACUGAAUUGUCUGGUCCAGACUAUUUACAGACCGCCGUAAUAUAGCUGGAAUAUUGCUGAGUGCGGCGUUAAGAACAAACAAACCUGACUAUACAUGUAGAUCUGAGGGUGGUGUUAUUGUACAGCGUACCUUACUAUGCUUUUCGAUGUGUGUGUUAUUCUUGUACAGCGUACCUUACUAUACCUGUGCCCUUGCGGGCGUCAUUGUACCUUAAUAUACAUGUAGAUCUGGGGGUAUUAUUGCUCAUCGUAGCUUGCUAUACGUGUCGCCUGUUUUGUAUUAACUCAUUACUGAAGGCAUUUUAUUUCAUCGAAAUUCGAGAUGUGGAAUUUGUGUUUUACGAAAGUUCAAAUCUGUACACCGAGUGGGAAAACAUGAGAUUUUUUGUUCACGUGGUAAAGGCGCCGCGUCUUCGGGAGGAAUGUGACUGUAUGAGACAACCAAAAACACAGUGCCAUGACAAUAGUUACCACAGGUUCUUCGGUCUUGAAGGAACUAGACUUGGUUUUUUACUAGUUGUUGAUACAAGUCUCAUUAUUAACCGUGACUUUUGGACUCCGAUUUCGACCUACAUUGUUACUGAAAAGGUCAAGCAAAAUGAAAAUUUGUUCGUCGAAAGAGUCGUACUUUUGAUUUAUUGUUUUGUGAGUUGUUCAUGUUGUAGUUGAGGAUGGUGGAUACUAGAGAAAUAUAUGAUAUCAUCAUUCUUUUGAAAACUGUCAAUGUAUGUUUAUAAAUACAUUAAUGCAUUCUUGUUAUCGAAGUGGGCCAUUUUCAAGAUAACGAAGAUAAUUUAUCAUCAAGACAAUAUCCGCCUUUUCGUGAAAAGAAACUUUUCGUGUUCAAAUUGUUUUAUGUGUGUAAAGUUAUAUUUUGUGCCUAAACUAUUGAGCGAUGUCGGUUACCGGCUGUUAUUUUGUUAUACAGCGGUGGAAGAGUUAGCUCCCUUGUAUCAGCCACCACGCGAGGCUGACAAAUGACAUCUUUAUUUGGUAAAUAGGCCACAGGCCUAUGUACAUAGAUUCUGCUCGAUACAUUUUACAGUGACAGAUGAUAUGUUAAUUUUACUUGUGGACAUUUCUUAAUACAAGAGUUUCUCUCACAAACUUUGUACAGUUCAUUCAAAUAUUUUUUCUUUCACAUAUUCAUUCAGCUGAAGCUGUUAUCACUGUCAUUAUUGUAUUUUUACGAACUAUAACUUUCUAUUUGUGUGUAUGUAUAGUGAGAUUUGGCCAUAUGGUUACAAGUACUAUCGUUGUAUUCGAACAGUAAGACAAUAACAGAUAUAUCCUGGCGCGAGAUACGUGACAUAUAAUUCAUAAUCUACAUACAGUAUAUUGCAUGUAUUAUGAUGAUACUUGCUGAAUAGGUCUUCAGCAACCCAUGCUUGCCGUAAGAGGCGACUUACGGGAUCGGGUGGUCAGGCUCGCUGACUUGGUUGAUGCAUGUCAUCGUAUUCCAAUUGCAUGGAUCGAUGCUUAUGAUGUCAAUCACUGGAUUUUCUUGUCCAGACUCGAUUAUUUACAGACCGGCGACAUAUAGCUUUAAUAUUGCUGAGUGCGGCGUUAAACAACAAACAAACAAUAAAACAAACUACUGGCUGAAUAGUCAAGGGCGGUAGUUCUAGGAUCUAUAUAUAACAUUAUAAACCCAUUCACGUUUUAACCUCUAAGAUAAGACAUGUUGCACGAAAUAGUUUUUCUUAAUACACGACAUUUAAGUCGCAUCUAUAUCUCGAAUCUUUGAAUUAGAAACGAUGUUCAUCGUGUUCACCGUGUUUCAUCAAUUUAUGACGUCUAUUCGUUUUAUCCUGAAAUAACCACUUUCAACCAUGUUAUAUCUGUGUGUCGUAGCGCGAGGGUUGCUUUGUGUAACGGGCCAAAGUUUACAUUCCUUUCUCCGCGUGGGGAUUCAGGGUUCCAAUUGGUCCCCAUCAAC